CCAAAGAAAACGAAAUGACCUCCGCCAUGAGCAGCAGCAAGAAACUGCGCCUCCUGCUCCUUCCCUUCUUCGCCACCAGCCACAUCGGGCCCUUCACCGACCUCGCCGUCCACCUCACCACGGCCAGCUCGGACGCCGCCGUAGAGGCCACCGUCGCCGUCACGCCGAGGAACCUCCCGCUCCUCGAAUCGCUGCUCCAGCGGCAUGGACGUGCGGCCGCGCGUGUCAAGGCGGCGACGUACCCGUUCCCGGCCGUGGAUGGCAUCUCGGAGGGCGUGGAGAACCUCAGCAAGGCGGCGCCCGGCGACGCGUGGCGCAUCGACGCCGCCGCCUUCAACGAGGCCCUGAUGCGGCCCGUGCAGGAGCCGCUCAUCCGGGCGCAGUCGCCGGACGCGGUCGUCACCGACAUACACUUCUACCAAAUGGGUCUCUUGUGA